GACUGAGGCAGUAUACCAACUACCGGGUUGGGGCGUUCCCAUUCCUGUCUCCGCCCACUGCACCGUUGUCUUGACAACAGCGUCAACUCGCUGCUCCAGCCAGAGUCAGCGCUGAGGAUAAGGAGUCCGGAUUCAGAAGGUCUUUCGGCUGAAGUUACUGUAGCGGUAGAAAUCAGAAAGGAGUUAUGAGUGCACACAAUGAGGUUAGGGUGUACGUCCGCACCAGACCCACAGCACAAUUUGCCCAAGAGCUCAUUGAAUACUUGCCUGAUAAUCAGACGGUGAAUGUGCGGCUGAGAAAGAAUUCCAGGAAAGGGGUGUUGAGUAAUCAGAUGAGCUCUUGGACUUUUCGGCUCAAUGGGGUGCUGCACAACGUAUCACAGGAAGAAGUCUAUCAACAGGUCGCACACAGUGUGGUGCUUGGAGCUCUGGAGGGUUACAAUGGCACUGUUAUGUGCUUUGGGCAGACUGGGGCUGGAAAGACCUUCACAAUGACUGGUGCCACUGAGAGUUACAAACAACGAGGCAUCAUCCCUCGUGCCAUUCAGGAGGUGUUCCAUGAGAUCGAUAGUCGUGUAGAUCACACCAUCUCUGUGCACAUCUCCUAUCUGGAGAUUUACAACGAGACUUUUGUGGACCUGCUAGCCUCAGUAAAAGGGGGACAGACAAAGCACUGUGGAACUUUGGCUGUGGUGGAAGAACCAGAGGGCGGGGUUUCAGUAAAGGGCCUGUCCUUACAUCCAGUUCACAGAGAAGAGGAGGCACUAAACUUGCUAUUUGAGGGAGAGAUGAAUAAAAUAAUAGGAGAACAUGCUCUCAACAAGAACUCGUCCCGGUCACAUUGUAUCUUUACUAUCCACAUUGAGUCUCGCUCUCGCACACUGUCAAAUGCAACGUACGUCACAUCCAAGCUCAAUCUGGUGGACCUCGCAGGCUCCGAGAGGCUGAGCAAAACUGGGUCGGAGGGUCAGGUGCAGAAAGAGGCCCUGUACAUUAACAGAUCUCUGUCCUUCCUGGAGCAGGCCAUCUUGGCCUUGGCUGACCGGCGCCGAGAGCACGUGCCCUUCAGACAAAGCAAGCUGACGCAUGCUCUUAAAGAUUCUCUCGGUGGAAACUGUAACACAGUGCUGGUGGCCAACAUUUACGGCGAGGCGGCACAGAUUGAUGAGACGCUCUCCACUCUCCGCUUUGCAGCCAGGAUGAAGUGUGUGUGCACCGAGCCAUCUGUCAACAAGCACAUCGACCCUGUUCUCGAGGUCCAAAGACUGCAAAAGGAAAUCCAACGUCUAAAGCAGGAGCUUUCUUUUCACAACACACUGGCCAAUCGGGCUGCUGUGACAUAUGAGGACCUGUCAGAGACGCAGGAAGCGGUGGUAAAGAGUGAGGUUCAGAGGUACCUGGCCGGCACACUGGAUGAAAUCACGAUUGUGAGCAUUCGACAAAUCCAGGCAGUGUUUGCCCAGUUUAAAAAAGCUUUCCAGGAGCAGGAACAGCAGCUUAAAGAGCAGAAGAGUCAGAAGUGCAUUGUGGUGGAGAAUACUCAGAACACAUUGUCCACUUCUGAUGCUAAAGAGCCUGUAGAGGAGGUGGAGGGUGAAAACAGGCUCAGUGUGCCUGCAUCGACAAAGAGACAGUCUGUGUCACCCGGCAGGAGCAAAGGCAAGAAGGUCAAAGAGAGCAGCGGAAAAAACGGUCAAGGUAGCACAGGCCCGGGCGAGCAGCUCACCAUGAUGCAGCGCGAGACGGAGGUCCUUGUUCCUCCUAGUGUGGCUGAGAGCAAGGAGACUGCUAAAGAUGAUGCUAAGAAGAGGUGCAACACUCCUCCUUCUAAGAUGGAAGCAUUUGAGGUCUACAAGUCAGAGAGGGGCUGUGAGAUCAACCGCAUCCUGAAGGAAAACAAGUCUGUGCUGAAAGAACGUCUGGCGCAACUCCACAACCUCACGGGGAUCAUCAACUCCAUUAAACGGGACAUUGACCACAUGAGCUCUGAUCUCCAGCUGUGUAGAGAACAGAGGCAGAGUCAAGGCCAGUUGGUGAGUGCAGAUGGGGAGCCCGUGCUGGACGAGGCCGAGGUAGCUCUGCUUAUAAAACUCAGAGAGGCCAAGGAUGAGUACAGGCAGAACUAUGAGGAACUGCUCAGCACCAAAGCCGAGGUGCAAUACUGCAGACAUCUUGUGGACCAGUGCCGUAUUCGCCUUUUCACUGAGUUUGAGAGCUGGUACAAUGAGUCCUUCCUGCUACCAGAUGAGAUUCUUUCCAUCCUCAAAGAUGGGGGACCCAUUAGACCAGGUUUGGUCCCUGUGGACAAAGCUUUGGCUUUGGUUAGUAACACUGAGGGAGAUGAGCAGGAGCACUCAGAAUGUACCAAGUUGCUUGCAGACAGUCCCAGUGCCACAUCCUUUUAUAAUGCGUAUAACAGGACAGCACAGAGGGUGAGACACACAGAUACACACACACACACACACAAGUACAGAAAACAAGGGAACUAUACUGAAAAUGUAUCAAUGAUUAAGCAGCUUUACCUAAAAACUACCACCACAUAACUGUGCAUGUUACUAAACAAACUGAAGUGUGUGUGUGUGUGUUUUCUUUGCAGAGAGCACCUCAUUGUACUGUUUCCAGGAGGAGCAGCAUGGGACCUGACACAAAUAAGCUCAAAUCACUUGCAGCUGUCACCCGAAGGGGGCGAUAACAUGACCACUACAUCAUCCCUUGCCCAAAUAACUGUUGCUUACUUCCUUGUCUUGGCGGCUAUUCGAACUGUAUGAAAAGGACGUUUGUAACUGUAAUUCCCAAAGAUAUUAAUAAAUAAACUCACAUUUGAGAUGGUGCUGAACAAGGAAGGAGAACUGAAGGUUAUUACAGGAAGACCUUUGACUCAAUAAAACAUUUGACUCAAUAAAUGCUAUGCACAAUUAUGAGAAAUGCCUUGUUAAAAGGAAGGUUUUGAAGUUUGUUAAUCCAUCUGAUUUACAUUAGUCCUCUAAUGUGACUGCACUAUUUUAUAGCUAUGAUAAAAACAUAUACAUGAAGUAACUACUCAUCAGAGGUAGUUUCAGCAUGUCUCUUGUGCUACAUGAUUGUUAAAACUGUUUUAUCCUUAAUUUCAUAUUGUGGGAAUCCAUCGGCAAUUAUUAUUAUUUUUUUUUUUGGAUAGCCGUUGUUUUAAAAAUCUUGAAAAAUGAAACAUCCACAACACAGCACUGUGGUGAUGGAAAAUAAUCAAAUUUGGGGCGGUAACAGCCUUCUUCUUUGCAUCAGACUGCAUCACACUACCCUGUUGUGGAUUAUUUUCCUAUAACAGCAUGCCCAUUGAGUUUUAUUCCUUAUUUUAAUGUAUAAAUAUGACAGUGGAUGUAUAAAUAAGGUAAAAGCAGGAUGUAUGUAAAAGUAUAUAAAGAGACAUUUUGACACAUCAGCUUGUUAAAUGAAAAGUAAACUUUAUUAUUCCUGAACCACAAAAUAGACUUCUUUGGUUGUACAAAUUCACUAGUUACAGUCCUGAAUGAGCUCUAACCCCCACAUUCAGCCCCUCCAUCACCUAUGUAGCAAAAAAAGCCCCCCAUCCCAAAGAAAUCAAGAACAAGAAAGAUCAAAACAACUGUCCUGCUGCAAAAAUGUAGUGAAUCCCAUUCAUUAAUUGUGUGAAAAUGUGAUUUCUGUCUUUACAAAAAUACAAUAAAUGAUCAA